AAGAAAUAAAUAUAUAAAUGUGUACAUACAUACAACCCUCACUUCUCUUGUGAACCUCCAUAAAUACUCUUUAUAUAUACUCACCAUAUGCCCUACUCCUUUUCUCUCUCUCUCUCUCUCUUCUUUAUUAUUACCCCAUCCUCUCUCUUCUUGAUAUCAACACAGCCACUAAUCUAAAGAACACCACUAUAGUCCCCCUAUCCUUAUUUCAUCUCAUCAUCAUCAUCAUCUUUCGUUAUAUACAUAAUUACAAAUAUAUAUGAUCAUGGGAUAUGAGAAGCCUGCAUGGUUGGAAGCUCUAUACAGCCAAAAAUUCUUCGCUGGGUGUUCUUAUCAUGAAAAUUCAAAGAAGAAUGAAAAGAACAUAUGUUGUUUGGAUUGUUGUUUGAGUAUUUGCCCUCACUGUUUGCCUUCCCACCGAUUCCAUAGACUUCUCCAAGUUCGUCGUUAUGUCUAUCAUGAUGUCGUUCGCUUGGAAGAUCUUCAGAAACUUAUUGACUGCUCUAACGUUCAGGCUUACACUAUAAAUAGUGCAAAAGUAGUGUUUAUCAAGAAGAGACCUCAAAAUAGGCAAUUCAAGGGGUCCGGUAACUAUUGCACUUCUUGUGAUAGAAGUCUCCAAGAACCUUAUAUUCAUUGCUCCCUUGGCUGCAAGGUGGAUUAUGUGCUCAAGUACAAGAAAGACUUGUCUCCAUACCUAAGGAAAUGUAAUUCUCUACAACUAAGUCCAGACUUUUUGGUUCCACAAGACUACAUGGGAGAUGAUGAGACUACAAAUGAGACCCCUCACUCGACCAUAGUCGACAGUGACGAGCCAAUGAGUUGGUCAUCUGGGUCGUCAGGCUCAGAGAACAUGAGCAAUAUGACUUGUACUACUCUUCAUAAUCAUCAUCAUCAUCAUCAUGAGAUUAUUGUGAGAAAGAAGAGAAGUGGCCUUAGUAAAUAUAAUCUUUGUGCAAGAUCAGCUACUAAUAAUAAUACUAAUAAUAAGGUCGUUGUAUCAGAUAAUGAAGACAUGGCCACUAGCAUGAUCAGUAGAAGAAAAGGAAUUCCUCAUAGAUCUCCUAUGUGUUAAGUUAAACCAUCUCUCUUCUUGUUACUAUUAGUACAAUUAUUAUUUUUGAAUUCUAAUGAUAAAUUUGACUGAAUGAUUCAAAUGCUUUAGCUCUCUUUCUCUCUCUCUCUUUCAUUGGAAGUUUAAGUUAAUUAAUCACU